UUAUAUAUAAAACGUUUGAAGAAUUUCACUUAAAAAUUAAUUGAAAAUUAUAUCAUUAAAAUUCAUAAGUUUAACGUCAUAGAUAAGAAAUGGAAUCAUCAAAUAUAAAAGUUUCGUUUGUUGAAAAUUCAAAUAAAAAUAAGAAUCCUGAAAAUGAAACUACUCCGCCAAUGUCAAAUAUUAUGUUUAUUAGCGAUGUUUUGGCUCAACGAAUAAACAAUGGUACGAUAGAGGUAGAUGAUAUUGAAACUGAUGAUCGAUAUUGGGCGGAGAAGUUAACAGCUCUAGAUGAAGAACACACAAAAAGGAACAAACUUGAAUCAAAAGAAAUAGAAAAACUUUUUCGUAGUGUAGUAAAUUAUGCACAAAGUACAAGCUCUAAACCUUGCUCGUCGGAACAGAUAAACGUUAAAGAUUGUUAUAAUAACAAUAAAUGUCAAACGCUUCGUUGUAAUAAAGAAGUUCACAAUUUUAUUAACUGCGUAAAUAAAAUGUUUCACAAGUCCGUUAACAAUAAUGAUAAUGAUAUCUUUCCAUUCAACAGAAAGUAUACGUACACUGAAAGAUUCAGAAGAGGAUAUUAA